GUGGAGAAGGAACAUUCUCGGAGAGAAGAGAGACGGUGAUCGGAGAGAAAGAGAGGAUGGGAACGAGACAAGUAUACGAAGAGAAGCUUCGGCGUGGGAAUCUUGAUUAUGAUCCGACUAUGAAUCCUGGUCUUGGUUCUGCUCGGUGUCCUCGUUGUCUUUCUCUCUUAAACCCUAAUUCAGAGAAAGGAGAGUGGACGAUAACUCCAGUUUUACACGAUGCUGCUGCAGUGGCUGGUUCUGGUAUUGGUGGCUUGCUUAGUGCCGUCCAUGCUUUCAAUACAGGGAUCCCCUAUCUUCAAAAUCGGUUUUCCGGGUCAAAGCGGCUUUCCUUUCUUGUGGGGGUUCCAUUGCUUCUAGUAUAUUCAGGUGUAGGGGCUGCUUUUGGAGAAAGUUUACAAGCCGCGAUAAGUUUUCCAAUAGUAUGGUUAGAAUACGAAUCAAGGUGUGCUGCACAGUGUAGAAUUGCAACUUUUACCUUUAGUCUUUUGUUUGAUGUACCUGGUUAUGCACUUCCAAAGUUUGCUCAGCUGACAGUUACCUCGUAUUAUGCAUCUUCAAGUGCUUCACAUUAUGGAAUUUCUAUGCUAACCCGGCGUAUCGAAGAAGCUCAUCUCUCUCGAACUCAGAAAGAAGAGGCUGAGUUUGCACCGUUUGGUCCUUCCCCGUAAUAUAGACAGCGACUGUCCUGUUCCGCGACUAAAGACUUAAGGCCUUGGGGCAUAUGGACUUCAUUCAAAGUCUGUUCACUGGAGGCAAUAAGAAGAAACAUGGUCAUGUGCCGUGGCUUGUAACCAGUAUUUUUAUUUUCUUAUUAUAUUUUGAGCAUUGUGGUAUAUGGGGAGAGAGAGAGAGAGAUGAACAAGGAAAUAUGGUAGACAGCUUGUAGUUGAUGAUUCUCUUUGAACUGCCCAAAAAAAGGUUAGAAAAGAAA